AUGUCGAUUGGAUAUUCAAGUACUAUUGAAUUGUUUUCUGUAGAAUUGUGGCGAGAAAUUUUUGAUUAUUUAAAUUUCCGAGACAUACGAUUUUCAUUUCGUAAUUUGAACCAAAAAAUUGAUGCAAUCAUUGAUCAAACAAUGAUACAUUUAGAUUUUAUUAGCCCAAAUAAUUAUGCAUACUUUUUGAAAUAUGUUGUUCCAUCGAUGAAUAUUAUGAAUGUCCGAUCAUUAAAAUUACAAGACGACAAAAGAACAAAAUUGUUUUUUACCAUGUAUCCUUUAAAUUCAUUAGAACAACUUCGUUCAUUGUCUUUAAAUUGUAUGUAUUCUUUAAACGACAAAUCAUUUCAAUUUUGGUAUCAACUUUCGUCGUUAAAAUAUUUACAAGUAUUAAAAAUAAAAUUUUGGACCACAUCUGCUCGUGAGAAUUGUAUCGAUGAAAAAGAAUUUAUUAUUCGAUCAAUAUUUAAUAAUGAAUUUUGUCCUUUAUUAAAAGUUUUUAAGAUCCAUACAUGUGGUCGACAGAGAUGGCGAUCUUCAAUUCCUUCGUUAGUAACAACAACUAAAACAACUCAUAUUCAAUAUCUUUCGAUUGAUUCAUUAACAUUCGAUGAUCUGCUUAGGCUACUUUCCGCUUUGCAACAUGUUAAAUCAUUUCGUACGGGUUAUCAAUUGAGUUUAAAUGACAAACAAAAGCAAGAAAUAAUAUUUACAAUACCAUUAAUGCCUAAAUGUAUUCAUUUAUAUCUUAAAUUAUCAGAUGAGAUUACUUUUGAACAUGUCGAAUAUAUAUUAAAGCAAGUACCGCAUUUAAAGGAUUUAUUCCUAUGGGGUUGGAAACAUUUACUUGAUGCAAAACGUUGGGAAACAUUAUUAUCAAUACAAUGUUCGAAAAUAUCCAAAUUUGAAUUAACAUGUACUGGUCCCGUCUGUGAUGAUGACUUCGAUGAUGCAAUUGAUAGUUUUCAAGAAGAAUGUGCAAUAACACCAUUUUGGAUCGAACGAAAUGUUAUAAUUAUAGACGACGAAGAUCGUUCGGGUCAUGACUAUCGUUCUGAUGUUAUUAUUCAAUUUAAUAUUGAAAAAAAAAAGCAACAAACUGAACAGUCAAAUAACUAA